CUGCAACUUCUCUUCUUACAACUCGAGUUUUAAUUUAAUUCAACAUAAACACACUUCUCAUAUCCAACAAAGCAAUACUUUCUUAAUUUUCUUGUUAUUUGCAAGUUAGAAGAAACGAUGAUGAUGUCAAUUUUCAGUUCCUUUGAUGCGCUUUCUGCUGAACUUUUUGGGCAGAAAUUGAGUUUUUCUAAGCCUUCUUCAGAACAACAAGGGGUUGGAACUAUUGUAUCAGAUCAAAAGACCGCCGCUACUUCUUCAACUGGUGUUCUGAAGAAGGCCGGAGAGGCAUCACCGCCGCCGUCUUCGCGGCAGCAGCAGCAGCAGAAGAGGCAGAGGUUCGCGCUGGAAUUCGACGGCGUUCACUGUUUUGAAAAUAUUAUUCCCUGUUGAUUUUUGAUUUUACUGAAUUUCCGAGAUUGAAAAUUUCAUUUAUUCUUCGUCUAGCCAUGAUUAUUGUCAUGUAUGAUGUAAAUUUUGGUGUUUGAUAUAUAUAAUUUAUGGAUUUUGAUAUAA